GUUUUCGCUUCACAUUUGGUUGAGCCGCCAGCCGCUUCACUUGCAUCCUUGCAUGUGGCAGUCAGUACUCAGUAGACAAGCACCGGUGCGCGUGGCUUCUACCCACCGUUAACAACCGCUCAAUUUAUUAGUUACCAACGAUAUUAUCCUACUAUGUCUUCGUGAAAAGUUUGUGCUAGUAAUGCGUGCGUGAUUUUCUGGUUUCACUAGAUAAAAUUAUAUUUGUAUUAGUUUUAUUUAGGUACAGUUGUUUCGUGUGCGAUUUCAAGAUGACAACAGAGCUGUCGCGUCUGGAUUAUCAAGUGAUAACGCUCCUUGAAAAGCUGGAGACAGUUCGUCGCGAUGCUCCACCUCCCCGACUUAUGCCGGCAAACGCAGAAAUGCGAACCCUCGAGUUCUGGAGGUCUAUAAUUUCGGAAUGUCUGGCAUCGUUUUUCUAUGUGUUCACCGUCUGCGGCGCCGCGGCGGCUGUCACGUCUGGGGCGACGUCGGGUCAGACAAUUCUGGCGGCUGCACUCGCUUCAGGAUUCACCAUCGCUGCUCUCACCCAGUCUUUUGGACAUAUCUCAGGCUGUCACGUGAACCCAGCAGUGAGUGCAGCAAUGGCGAUCACGCGUAACAUUUCGCUGUUGCGUGGUCUGAUGUUCGUUGUGGCUCAGUGCGGCGGCAGCAUCGCAGGUGCAGCUCUGCUCUACGGAGUGACAGUGCCUGGACGCCAAGGCAGUCUGUCGGUGACAGUGCUGCAACUGCCGCCCCACCUGACGCCGUGGGAGCGCUUUGGACUGGAGCUGAUCCUCACCUUCGUGGUCGUCUUCACCUACUUCGUCGCCAUGGACUCGCAGCGCCGCUGGACGGGCACGGCAGGCCUCACUGUGGGCGCCGCUUACCUCGCUGCUUCUCUUGUCUCGAUGCCUUUCCUGAAUCCAGCUAGAGCUUUGGGUCCAGCAUUUGUCAUGAAUAAAUGGGAUAAUCAUUGGGUAUUUUGGUUUGCACCUAUACUGGGAGGAGUAUUGGCUGGAUUCAUCUAUGAAUUCAUUUUCAAUCCACGCAGACAUACCAGGAGGUCCAAGGAGUCGAUUGAUGGAGAUUCAUCAAGCAUCCACUCUGAUGAGGACACUUACGAUGAGUUGGAGAAGCCAAGAUCGACAUACAAUACUCUGAGAGCAGUUCCUCCAGGAAGUGAUCUGUACAGAGCAGCUGGAGGAUUGACACCCGCAUCACCAUCUGGUGGAGGUAACCCGUACUGCCCGAGUCUAGCCUCAGCCAGUCUGUAUUCAGCUGCUCCACCGUGCAAGUUGGACCGAGUGGAGUCUCUGUACGGCGGCACCAAGUCGCUCUACGCCAAGUCGCCACCACUGACAAGAGCCAACCUGAAUCGCUCUCAGUCAGUCUACACCAAGUCCUCGGGUUGUCCACCAAUGGCCAACAGAGACGGUCCUCUCCCGCACCCAGGCCCACUUGUGCCCGCUCAAUCCCUCUACCCCAUGCGUCUCAACUCGGUGAACUCGUCUAGCAGUGCCAACACCAAUGCGGCCAAUCAGAACACCCAGAACCAGCAGCGGCUCGGAGGCGAGAGUGUCUACGGAGUGCGGCCUGUCAAUAACGGAGGUGGCGGCAUCUAUGGCAAAAUCCCUGGACGAACCGAGUCCAUUUACGGAACUAGGCGACAGAACUCAGAGGACUCAGCCUACGGCAGCUCCCAUCAUUCCACUAAUGGAAACCAGAUGAAUAUGCAACAACAACAGCAGCAGCAGCAACAGACUCGCAGCAACUAUGGACAUGUUGGAGGCAAAUCCUUCCCCAGUGGCUCGAACUAUGGACACCUGCAAGGCAACCGCCAGCAACAUCAUUCGCCUCAACAACCUCCUCCACCUCCUCAACACCAGCAGCAGCAGCAGCAGCAACAUCAGCCACAACAACAACAACAGCAACAGAGCCAACAACAACAGCAGCAGCAAAAUGUUGGAAUCCCUUCCCCGCCUCCACCCUACAUCCACCACACACAGCGCAAUUCGCCCAAUCUGCCCUACUGACAGCAACCCUUGCCACUCAUUCUACCAAAGUCAAUAAGCAUAAACAAUGUACGAUGCUUGAGAGUAUGAAUAUAAACAUUUCAAUAGCUGGAGUCGGGUGUAUAUUGAACAAGUGAUGCAAGUCUUUGUAUACUUGCUCCUCAAAUAAUGCAAGAAUUUAUUGCGCUCAACUAAUGAAUGAUCUUGUCAUCCGGAGAACAGUAUUUGAGAUAAUUGAGAAUAAUUCGUUAUUCGGUAGACGACUUGAUUUCUUACUAAAUUUUUAUUGUCAAUGGAAUUUAAAAAUUCUUUUCAAGGGAAAACCAACAAUCGACGGAUAUUAUUUGUGGUUCAGUUUCUAAGGAGGAAUAUUCUUUGUUUUUACAUUGAUUGGUGUAAGAUCAGAUGAAAAAUAAGUAUUAUUUGAGGAAUUAAAUUGUGACAGAUGAUGUAACAAAGAUAGGAGUCCAUCUCCUUGGACCCAUAUUAACAAAUUAAUGUAUAAUAAUCAAUAUUUUGUAAUUCAUAAUGCCAUGAUAUAAUAAACUGGAAUAGAUGAUUAUACUAUCAUUACAAAGAUUAUGGCUAACUUCAACAGUAUCAGAUGUGAAUUUUUAUGAUAAAUGAAAAUUUCAAUUAUUUUACACUGCCACUUAGGUACUAUUGCAAUCGAAGAUAGAACUUCAGAACUUUUUAAACAACAGCAGGAUUAAGUUUCAAACCCACAUUGUCGAUCCUUCAACUAAUACAUCUAAUUACCAAAUUACCAACUAUGUAUUAGUAGUUGAUGAUUAUUCUGCAGUCUUCAGUCAUGAUAAUUAAACAUUUUUUUAACCAAUCAAGGUAGGUUUGUCCAAGUGUUCUUAAAAAAACUGGUAUCGCAAUAAUCGAAUUUAAUCAUAUUAUUGGAUACAUAAACAUCUUCAAAAGUAAGAUAAUUUCAUGAUAUCUUGGAUUCUUGAAAUGAAUUCUUAUAUUUUGUACUGAACGAAACAAUGUAUCAUUGCUUGUCAGAAUAAAAUUCGAAGAUAGUUGCAGCAUAUACACUCUACCUAUAAGAUGGAAUUUGUUCUUAGAUGUUGUAAAUAUAUUUUCUAUAAUUUUUAUAGGGAUCUUUUUUACCUAGUAGAAAGUGGUUACUAUGCUCAAAACUCUAUGACAUCAUUUUAAUGUAAAACAAAAAUUGUGACUCAUUUACGGGUACAUUACUUGUAUUAGGUAUUUAGCCGACGGUAUUUACUUAUGCAGUCCUUAAACACUUGUAUGAUGUUGCAUUUAUUGUGUUGAUGACUUUUGUAAUUCGAAAAGUGUACAUAAAAACCGGAGUAGCUUCUAGAUGGAAAUUUUUAAAACCAAUAUAAAAGUAAUCUGGGAAUAUCUUAUUGAAUGUAUAUACUAGGUGUUAUAGACUUAGCAUAUAGGUUAUUUCAAUAUAGACAAUGAGCUAUGAAAUCAUUAGUUGAAAAGGGCAUUAGAGUGUUAUGAUGAAAUUGCUACUUGCUAGGUAUAUGCUUCAGAUUAAGUUGUUAUAGUAUAAUAUAAUAGCCAAUAUUUGCCUUCCUGUUAUUUGUAUUUAAAGGCCUACUAAUGUGUUCACAAUGAUGUUAGUAACUUAUUGGAAGUUUAGAACAUCAUCUUCUUGUGAAUCGUUCCUCACUAUUAUUUCAUCUCUCAAUUGCAUAAGUUGGCUACACUAUAUUGUGGAUGCUGGAUAGUCUAGUUCAAUUGAGGAAAACUAUGUCGUUUGUCGAAUAGCUCACUAUAAAUAUUACAACAGUAUAACAAAAAGACUCUGGAAUAAAUGUUAGUACUACCUCAUUAGUUACAAGCAUGAUUUAUCAAUGUGAGAAAACGUCAUUGUGAAGCAAGCAAGCAUAAAAUUAUGGAAAUAAGAUUAACUAUUAUUAUUCCUAGCAAUAGAAUUUAAAAGAAAGUGAGAUUCCACUGUUACCUCAUAGAUUUUAUCAAUAGAAAAAAGUUCCAUAUUUAGUAAUUGUGCCUCGUAAAGUGAAUAGAAAUACUGUAUUUGUAUCUAUUAUCAGAGAUCCAAGUAUUAAAUAAUGAAUUUAGUACUAGGGACUAAAUACUUCAACUUUGUCAGCCAAUCAAAUACUGAUUAUGUUGGUAAAAUAUUAAUGGAGAUUGGGGACAAUAUGUCCAGUUAUCUCCCAAUCCUGCAUAUGAUUUUAAAAAAUCACCUAUGAAUAUAACAAGAAAUGGGCAUAAUAAAAAUAUUAUCUAGCUCAGCAAGAGAUUUGGUUGAAAUAUUGAUUUACUAUUGUUUUGAUACUAACCUGAAGAACAACAUUGAUACAGAUGACAAUAAUUUAAAGAUGUAUAGAUUU